AUGGAUGCACCGACGUGUUGCGAAACCUGGCGGGAGAGGGCGGUCAUCGACGUCGCAGAGCCUCUGUUUGAGCGCGGGGCUCAAGAUGUGAUCUAUUCCUGCUGGCGUCAAUGCGUGCACUUCACGACGGCCAGACUCUUGAAUUCCUUACCGCGAAGCAAUAUUGAGGCGGUCGCUCUUAACCAGAACUCCCUUAAGCUCGCCUUCAUGGCGGCCCUCUCAACCGGAGUGUCUGGUCCAUCUCUUUCGGAGUUAUACAUAGAGUGCAUACAGUCAUUUGGAGAAUUCCUUCUCGCCCUCAGCGAUAAGGAUUGUCGUGUUAUCUGUCUUGGGCAGGUUCAUCUUUCCGAGAUACUGGAAGAGUAUGGAAGGACCAAGGUCUGGGGCGAUCAGACUAAGGCAGAUCUACCGGCAAGAGCUCGCGGGUCUCUAGACGACACCCUCCGGCACGAUGUUGAGCUCAAACAUUUAGUGCAGGCCAUUCUCAUGCGACUAAAAGCACUCCUCAGCCAAGGCAAGUCGUACAGAUGGGAUCAUGACUCGAUUAGCAGUGUCAGCGCCGACUCUGAUUCCGAUUCGAACGACGAUGGUGAACACCAACACUAUAGGAUGCCAAAGAUUAGUCUGCUUGUCCAACAGACGCUGGAGCAAAUUCGAUCGCUGUAUGACCUGUCCGCUUUGCUACGGCGCCCUAAGAUUGCGGACAAAUAUAUUCGCUCUGUUAACUCAAAGUCACAUAUAGCUACACUGAACAAACCUGACCACUUGCCACUAAGUGUCGGGUUCAGCAGGUCUGAUGAAACCCACGUAGUGGAAAAGGUGUUGCAAUGGCGUGGGUUGACUAAGAGCGCGCGGGGUAUCGAUUUUAAGGAUGAGGGUGUUGCUCCGAUGGGACAAGGGUUGACGAAGUGUUAUGUUGAAGACAUUUCGUGGUUUUGCCAACGGCUUGCAGCAGCGAACACAAGACGACGUGAACAAUUUCAAUACUGGGCUGAUCAUCCAUAUGACCCCAAGCAUGACCCUACCAAUGCAACCCGACUUGUAACACCAAGUCUAGCCCAGAUCCGCUCCAAAAAACAGGAGCCACAAAACCGAGCGUCGGCCUUUCAGUCUUCCAUUCCCAAUGUCCCGCGUGAAGGGCCCAGGUCAGCUGCGUCGAAGCAAAGUUUCUCUACUGCUGCUGUCUCAGACAUUCACGAUACGAAGACCAACGUACGACCACGGACUGUCUACGCGCCCACAGCCAUUGGCCAAGGCCGUUCCAAUUCUGUACCAGAUCCUCCGAAGAUAGAAAUUGGAACCACUUUUUCAUGUCCGUACUGUGGGGCGACGCUCGAGUCUAGCGAGAUGGAGAACAGGCAGUCAUGGAAGCGUCAUGUAUUUCGCGAUCUCCGUCCCUACGUCUGCACAUUCGAAGACUGCCCGAACGGUGGAAAGCUGUACGUCAGCCGCCAUGACUGGAUUUAUCACGAGCUUCAAAUUCACCGGCGCAAUUAUGUCUGCAAAGUAUGCCAGAAGAUGUGUUCCAACAGGAAGGAAAUGUCAGCGCAUCUUCGAGAACACUAUGAUGAAUCAAUUUCGCCAAGUCAGUUGGGCGUCAUUCUAGAUCUCUGCAAUCGCCAGGUGGAUGUCUUAGGCGAAGAGAAAGACUCGUGCCUCGUCUGUGGAGAGGAACUCUCAUUGUCGGCAUUGCAGGGACAUCUUGCCGCUCACAUGGAGGACAUCGCCCUCUUCGUAUUGCCCAAUACCAAUGAAGAAGAAGAUAUUAGAGAUUCAAAGGCCUCGGUGCAGGUGGCGAAACUAGAGUCUAAAGGCAAAGCCAGUGCUUCUCACUAG